ACUAUCAGAUACUUUCCCCAAAUAAACAUUAUCUUUUUUUUAAAGAUGAUAAGAAAUUUCAGACGGCUUGUCAGCGAUAAAAAUUAUAAAGAAAAUUUAAAUAUCAAUGCGCAUUUCAUUGCUACAUUUGCAGAUCUUUUCAGAUUUUAACAGACUUAGAAUUUAACUCUGUUACAUAAGUCGGGAAACGAAUUCGCAAUUUUUACAUAACUUUUUUCUAACUUCUAACAUGUUGGCUUCAGCGAAUUCUCUCCUUUUUCUUUUGACUACCCUUUCUCCAUUGAAUGAGACUCCUGAGACUACUACAAUAUCCGAUUCAGAGUGCAUUUCAACGGAAUCUUAUUCAUUAGACUUAGAGCCAUGUCCUACAAACACUCAUUCAAUCAACCCGAUGGAAUGCCCACGGAAUGAACAUUAUGAGCAUUGUGGAAGAGUUUGUGAAACUGAUUGCGACAACAGCCCAUGUCCAUUGAACUGCUGCGUGGAAGGCUGCUUCUGCAACGAUGGUCUCAUAAGAGGUCCCGAUGGAACAUGCAUUCCACCUGCAGCAUGCCCUGAUUCAGCCAAAGGAACCACAGAUGAUCGACGCUGCCCUGAGAAAAAUGAAUAUUUCUCAACAUGUGGCAGUGCUUGUCCAGAUAACUGUUGGAAUUAUGAUGACAAGGCCCGGCCAUGCAUUGCUUUAUGUGUGGAAGGCUGUUUCUGUAAGCCUGGUUAUGUCAUAGGACCUGAAGGAGAUUGCAUUCGUCCUAGACAUUGUCCUAAGCAUUCGGAGUCAUUUCCUAUUCAACGAUCUACUUAUUUUGGAGAUUGAUCCCUUUUGUUGAUGAGAACUGCGUUUUAAGAAGAUCAAUAAGAAGAAAAAAUAUUCUAAAAUAAACUACUUUUUUUUUCUUAAGUGGAAACUAACUGUGACAGAGAAAAAAAAUGGAGAGAAAAAAAAGGAGAAAUAAUCAUUGAUGAUAAAAUCUUGUUUUAUGUAUUGUA